AUGUCAACCUGCACUACAUCCCCGGUACAACUGGACGACCACAUGGUCAGCCACAGCCUUGGUCUACGCCACUUGGAUGAGCGUGUCCAUUCACAGUUUGACCAGGCCAAAUCUGCGACCGAAAAUGUCGGAAAAGGUGUCAAGGCAAUCCAGGAGCGCCUAGACCAGAUGGGAGAGACCCUAAAGGGAACAGACGAGGCUGCCAAAGCAGCCAAGGAUUUUGGAGAGGAGACGAAGAAGAGACGCUCCGCGAAGGCGGACGAGCAGAGGAAUAUGAGAGAAGAGGCGGCGAAGAGCGAACUUGAGCGCUUGAAGGGGCUGGUAGUGAAGCAGGAAAAAGAGAAUGAGGAACGGAAGAGCAAGCAGGCCCAGAAGAAGGGUCUCGACGAGGCGGAUGUCCUGAAGUUGCUUGAUGAGCGCGACAUGCGGCGGGAGUUGGAGAGACUGAGAGGUCUCCAGCAAGGGGCUGCGCCGGAGCAUGACAAGGACUGCCUUAAAGAGGUUGACCUUCUCAAGAUUCUUGAUCAACGAGAUCAUGAAUGGGAGCAUGCCAGACUUCAGGCGCUCGCGAGCCAAAGAGCAACGGACGUCAAGCAGGACGAUAUAAAGACGCAGGAAGUCCGAUUCCGCGAAAUAUUGGAGGAGAACGAACAACGAAAAGAGUUUGAGAGACUUAGGGCUUUCGAGGCGGAAGCACUAAGACAUGGAACCGGUGGCCAUUCGAGGCCAGGCGACACAGCAACCGUGAGCCUUACAGACAUCGAACGAGUAAUCGAGGAGAUACUGUUGAGGCAUGACCUGGCCCGACGCUUUGAGGAGAGCUCCAACACUCUGGGGAGCGGGCGGAGACGGGACACAUCGCCAGCAACUGCACCCAACCGCGAAGCCGAGACCCAACGCACGAUCGAUCAGAUCUUAGAGACGCUCCUGCAACGCCGGCAUAUCGACAAGGCGACGGAGUUGUUGGAGCGCCUGCUGCACAAGACAGAGCACGACAACCACAGCGACCGCCACUGGAUCCUGACUGAGAGCAACAUGGAGACCCUGCUCCAUGUGCAGUGA